AUGAGUGUCCAGGAGUACACUCUGAAGUUUAACCAACUGGAUCGUUAUGCAACAGAAUUAACAGGUAAUAUAAGAGCCCAGAUGAGAAAUUUUGCCUCUAGCCUUUCAGAUGAUCUAACGCUUGAAUGUCAAGGGGUGAUGCUAAAUAGGGCUAUGAACUUUGCUAGGAUGUUAGUCUACAUCCAGCAGGUAGAGGAAAAGAAAAAGAAAAUCAAUGAAUCUAGAGAGAAGGACAGGCAGGUGAAGAGAUCCAGAACAGUGGAUCAGAACCCCAGUCAGCAGCAGAGCGUUGUAUUUGUUCCUUUGACCUUUGUGCUCCUAUGGAUAAGGUAUAGAAGAGGUAAAAGUGCUCCUCAGCAAGCUGAUUCAUUGUCUACCGUAGCAAGAGAAAGGAUUUCAUACUAUGAACUUCUCCGAGCAACUAAUGUGCUUAGUGAGAGUAAUCUGAUUGGUUCCGGAAGUUUUGGCUCAGUUUACAAAGGCAUUCUCAGAAGUGGAACUUUCAUUGCAGUUAAAGUGUUCAACCUGCAACUGGAUGUGGUAUUCAAGAGUUUUUAUAUGGAAUGUGAAGUUUUGCGUAGCCUUCGCCAUAGGAAUCUUGUAAAAGUCAUUACUAGUUGUUCUAAUCUUGAUUUCAAGGCUUUAGUUCUCGAGUAUAUGCCUAAUGGGAGCCUUGAAAAAUAUUUGUAUUCGCACAAUUACUUCCUCGACAUCAGGAAGAGACUAAGCAUAUUGAUAGAUGUGGCAUGUGCUUUUGAAUAUCUUCACCAUGGAUGCUCGUCACCUGUGAUCCACUGUGAUCUGAAGCCUAGUAACGUCUUGCUGGAUGAGCUAGAAAGUGUAUUGCAUCUUUUAAAUAAUUGUUUGACUAUAGAGUAUAGACUGAAUGGACUAGUGUCAACAAAGUGUGACGUAUACAAUUACGGGAUCAUGUUGCUGGAAAAGUUUGCUGGGAGAAAUCCUAAUGAGUUUGAGGGAGAUCUUAGCUUGAAACAAUGGGUGAGUUAUUCACUCCCAAAGGCGGUAAUGGAUGUUGUAGAUGCCAACUUGGUAACAGCAAUAGGUAAAGGCUUACAGAAGGAGCAACAUGUUGUGGCAUCAAUCCUCAAAGUAGCAUUAGAUUGUUGUGCUGAAUCUCCGGCAAGAAGGACUAACAUGAAAGAUAUUGUAGCGAUGCUGCAGAAGAUCAAGAUUCAACUUCUUGCAUGUUGA